AUCAUUACACCUGGGAGCUGCCCAAGCUGGGAUUUGGUCUUCUAGACUUUCCAUAAGGACUCUUUCUUGCCAUGUACCUACAAACCUACAAAACCCUUUGAGUGCGCCUCUGAGUGUGGAGCUUUCUGCAGUUCAGGGUUCAGUGAAUGGACAGAUCUGUCUUGCUGUAAGUGAUCCUGUGAGCGAUCCUGUGAGCGAUCCUGUGAGCGAUCCUGUGAGCGAUCCUGUGAGCGAUCCUGUGAGUGAUCCUGUGAGCAAUCCUGUGAGAGCUCUGUGCACCAGAACAAGAUCACGAUGGAAAACAAUGAAAAAAAAAACAUUGUGUAUGGAAGUGAUGUUGAGAUGGAACACGAGAGAGCUGGGCUAUUUGUAUCUUCAGCUAUGUUUUCUAAACACCCAUUUUCUACACACAUCUCAGGAAGAGAAACUCCUGACUUUGGGGAGGUUUUUGACUUGGACCAGCAGGUGUGGAUCUUUCGUAAUCAGGCCCUUGUGACAGUUCCACGAAGCCACAGAGUAACCCCAGUCAGCGUGACUAUCCUCCCAUGCAAGUACCCAGAGUCUCUUGAACAGGACAAAGGGAUUGCCAUUUAUUUGGGAAUUCAGAAUCCAGAUAAAUGCCUGUUUUGUAAGGAAGUUAAUGGACACCCUACUUUGCUGCUAAAGGAAGAGAAGAUUUUGGAUUUGUACCACCACCCUGAGCCAAUGAAGCCAUUCCUGUUUUACCACACCCGGACAGGUGGAACAUCCACCUUUGAAUCAGUGGCUUUCCCUGGCCACUAUAUUGCCUCCUCCAAGACUGGCAACCCCAUCUUCCUCACAUCAAAAAAGGGAGAAUAUUACAACAUUAACUUCAAUUUAGAUAUAAAGUCUUAAACUCAGCAUGGAAGUGGAGGGUUGGUUAGAACUCUUCCUCUUAAAACAUCAAACCUCUAAUAUGUUAUCAUUUGUUUGAUCUAUGGUAUUUUCAUACUGAAAGGUAAGCAGGACCAACAUUAUCUCCUUUCAUAGAUGAAGAAGCAACAAAAUAAUGCAUACUCCAAAGUCGGUGGGAUUGGAGUGGUGUAAGGAUGUUCUCUAAGACUGAAGUGGUCCAAUCUAUAAGACAUCAUGUCUGAGAAAUAGGGUGCUGUGCCACAGUGUAUAAAACCUAGAAUGCCCUGUGUGUGAGUGGUGACAUCCUCAUUUCCAGCCAUUGGCCUGAUUCAUACCAUGUUUUCACACAUUUGUAAUAUCAACUCCUUGCAUUUGGAUAGCAGAGGCCUCACAAUGACAUUUGCCUCAACAGCUAAUAGCUUUGAUCUUUCAAUGCUGUGUAGAUCUGAAUACACUAGAAAAGGAAUUAGAAUCCUGAGUGAAUGAACUGUGAGGAGCCGCCCUCACAUUUGCCAUUAUAAGAUGGCACUGACAGCUGUGUUCUAAGUGGUAAACAUAGUCUGCACACAUGCAGGGGCAGUUUUCCCACCAUGUGUUCUGCCUUUCCCGUGAUGACAACUGGGCCGAUGGGCUGCAGCCAAUCAGGGAGUAAUACGUCCUAGGUGGAGGAUAAUUCUCCUUAAAAGGGACGGGGUUCUGGCACUCUCUCCCUUCCUUGCUUGCUCUCUUGCACUCUGGCUCCUGAAGAUGUAAGCAAUAAAGCUUUGCCGC